GAGCACCAGCGGACCUGUGAGGAGGCUGUGAUGCGCUGACGCUCCUGCAGUCGCAUCAGCUCAGACUGGCGUGGGAUCGGUCCCUGCUGCGCCUCAUCUGGAAUAAUAACGUCGGAAUAUCCACACAUUUCAUUAGCGGGUGUUUUUUUAAGGAGGCGAGCAGUGUUGAGAAUAAUCCCUUUUGGGCAAACGUCUCCGUCGGAAGGGGGUUUCUGUACUUUCAGAAACCAGAGCAGAUUUAUCCCGCAGAGAAUCAGAAGAGGCUGAAAUCAGGUGAAUAAACGCAUCAUUGCACCGCAGGAAACAUGGGGAAGCAGAACAGCAAGCUGACUCCGGAGGUGAUGGAGGAUCUGGUGAAGAACACGGAGUUCAACGAGCACGAGCUGAAGCAGUGGUACAAAGGCUUCCUGAAGGACUGCCCCACCGGCCGGCUCAACCUGGACGAGUUCCAGCAGCUUUACGUGAAGUUCUUCCCUUACGGCGAUGCAUCAAAGUUUGCACAGCACGCCUUCAGGACCUUCGAUAAAAACGGAGACGGGACCAUCGAUUUCCGAGAGUUCAUCUGCGCCCUGUCCAUCACGUCCCGCGGCAGCUUUGAGCAGAAACUCAACUGGGCCUUCAACAUGUACGACCUGGACGGGGACGGCAAAAUCACCAGAGUGGAGAUGCUGGAGAUCAUCGAGGCUAUCUACAAAAUGGUGGGCACCGUGAUCAUGAUGAAGAUGAACGAGGACGGUUUGACACCGCAGCAGAGGGUGGACAAGAUCUUCGGCAAAAUGGAUAAAAACAACGACGACCAGAUCUCGUUGGACGAGUUCAAAGAGGCGGCGAAGAGCGACCCGUCCAUCGUGCUCCUGCUGCAAUGUGACAUGCAGAAGUGAGCCCUCCAGCCUGCCCCCCCCCCACACGCUCCUCCCCCGUCUGUAACACACUCUGGACAGCAGCAUAUGUUUUAAUGUCUCUUUAGGUUCUCUGCCAUUCCCACAGGAAAACUAAACAAAACAAUGCUUGGACUAUUUUUCAAUGGACUCGCUUCUUGUGGUUGUAUGCAUGAGAAUGUCAAAUGCUGAAUAAUUUUGAAUAUAGCUAUAAGAUAUCAUACAUUUCUAUUUCAAAACAUGCCAACGUGAUUUGUGCACAGUAACCCUCGACAUAAACGUUAGCUUGUAUAUCAGUGGAGCACUGCAUUCUUUAUGUUCCUGCAGUAUUUAGGAUCCCCAGUGUUCACUGCUGCUACUGCCGUACGCUUUACAUUAUACUAACUAAACAAUAACUCCUCUGAUCAUUGUAACCGCCUCUAUCCAGACGUGGAGAUUAGAGGCUCCUGUCUGUGUUCACAUGGUGGAACCAAGAAGGUUCUUUGCAUGCAUAUAUUAUGUGUCAGAAAAAUAUAAUCUCUUACCUUUUGCAUCUUUAGGUGGUUAUAAAAGAGAAACCCUAUGGAAUUCAUUUAGUAUUGUUGCAUGGGAUGUACAGUGUGUGACUCAUCACCAUUCGUUCACCUCCAGUAAUGUGGGAGCAUGCUUUCCUCCAUCUGAUAACACGUGUAUGUGUUGAGUUUUUGGAAAGAUAUUUGGACUGUAGUUGUGGGUUAAUCUCCGAGGAAACGCUUUCACAUGAACAUCCAUGGAUGGAUUACUGAGCGGGGUCUCCUGGGCAUGGACCCAGGGGCCUCCUGGCCUUCACUUAAAACAAGACGCAAAACGACCACAAAGAGACGCAAAAACUACAGAUACAAAAACUACAAAGAGACACAAAAUGACUACAGAGAUACAAAA